AUGGAUUCGAACUUGCAGUGCACCGUUGGAGAGGAUGAUUCGGGCGGGCUUAGUGAGGAGGAGUAUUUUCGUAUCACUUCUUCGAGUGGGGAUGACGAGGAUGACUCCUACGAGAAUGACUCCGAGACGGCUGAAACGGGUGACGAAACCCACAGGAACGGGGUUGGCCCAGGCCAGGAGACAUGUGUGGGUGAUGCUCCCAGUUUUAGGUCCACAGAGGAUUUCUUGGACAAAGUGUUUAGUACUGAGGAAGAGGCUUAUGCGGCAUACAAACAGUUUGCCAGGCUCAGGGGGUCUGGUGUAAGGAAGGGUGAUGUGGCUCGAAUGAACGGUGUUUUGGUAAGACAAGACUUUUUUGUCACCGUCAAGGUAUGGAAAGUCCGGAGGAUAGACGACAACCAUAACCACCCUCUUGCUACAACCGUGUUUACUCAUCUUAUUCCCAGUCAUCGGAAUCUGAGUGAAAGUGAUAAGGCUCAAGUUGAUAGUCUAAAAAAGUUUGGGAUUGCGACCUCGAAGAUUAUGGCGUACAUGGCCGGGCAGUCAGGGGGGUACGGGAUGCUUCAGUUUACGAAGAGGGAUCUGUAUAAUUACGUUCACAGCCAAUGA